AUGAUCGCCGAUAGCGGUUAAGCUCGUCAUACUUAAAAGGAGGAGAGAGAGAAGACAGAAGAGAGAGAAACAAAGAAGAGCGUUUAAGGUUUUCGAUUUCACCCUCUGGCAGCAAAAUAGCACCCACAGACGAGGAGAGGAAGGAGGGAAGGCUAUUCCCCUCAAAAAUUAGGGUUUUAACUUACUCGGCGGGGUUUGGGUUUCAAUUUUAUCUCCAUUAUCGAUCUCGAAUCUAGGGUUAGGGUUAGGUUUCGUUGCAGUCUUUUUGGGUUUGGACACCAUGGUAGGUGUCUCAGAGGCGUGAUAACUUGCUUUGUUUGCUUUCUAGGGUUUAUGUAAAUUUCUGCCAUCAUUUCUUUUCAUCUGCGAUUUCUGCAAAUUGUUACCGGUAUCGAUCUUAAAUCUAGGGUUUCGAUUUUUAAUGGACGAGGUAUGGGAGAGGGCCGUGGAAGCGGCGCUCGAGGGCCAAACUGAUAAUGAGUCGGCUCGAACCCUCACUCUGGAUGGUGCUGUCAAGUGUGUUCAGGGUCGUCUUCCUCCUCCAAGCUUGUUAGAGAAGUUUCGGAACCUCGAGCACCUCUCAAUCGCCAACGUUGGCGUAUCGUCUCUAGAGAAGUUUCCCCGACUUCAGAAACUUGAGAAGCUCAACCUCUCCGACAAUCGGAUAGCCGGUGGUCUUGAAUUCCUUGUGGAAGCUGGCCUCGACUCCUUGCGGGACCUCGACCUCUCCAACAAUCGAAUCCAGUAUAUCGAAGACCUCGCCCCACUGGCGCGUCUCAGGCUUGUCUCCCUCGAUCUCUAUGAGUGUCCCGUCACUCGGGUCAAGGAUUACCGAUCUAAGGUUUUUGCCUUGAUAAAGUCUCUCAAGUACUUGGAUAAGAUGGAUGCAGAGGAGAAUGAGCGGCCGGAGUCCGACGAGGAGGAGGAAGAUGAGGAAGACGACGAGGACGAUGACCCUGGGAGUGGAGAGGUAGAUGGUGAAGAUCGGUCUGGAAAAAUGAGCAACGGUGGAAGUGUUGGAGGCGAAGGCAUCCUCGAUGUUGACGAGGAUGAAGAGAGCGAAGCCGAUGAGGAGGAAACGGAGACUGCCAGAGUUGCAAAUGCAUCAAGUUCGCAUCACCAUUCUAACGGGUUCCGUGUGGCUGCUUCCAACGAUGGAGAUGAGGAUGAGGAGGAUGUUGAAGAUGAAGAUGAAGACGAUUUGGGGGAGGAGAUUGACGAAGAAGAAGGCGAAGAUGAGGAUGUUGUGGAGGUUCACGAGAUUGAGGAUAGUGACGAUGAAGAAGAUGGUGUUGAAGAAGAUGAUGAUGGUGAGGAAGAGGAAGAUGACGAGGAAGAAGUGGAUGAUGAAGAUGACGAUGCAGAGCCCGGGAGUACAGGGCGACUGACUAGCACGGAAGGUGAGAUAGAUGGUCAUGAGCAGGGGGAGGAAGACGAGAACGGGGAGAUUGGGGAGGAAGAGCAGGGUGUUGAAGAAGAUGGGGAAUACGAAGAAGAUGAUGGUGAGGAUGAGGGGGAGGAAGAUGAGAAUGGCGAGAUUGGGGAGGAAGAACAGGGCGUUGAAGAAGAUGGGGAAUACGAAGAAGAUGAUGGUGAGGAUGAGGAAGAGGAUAAUGGAACAGAGUACUUGGUUCAGCCAAUUGGACAGGGUGAGGAUGACGGAGGAGGCAGUGAUUUGGAUCCAGGCAAUGAAGAUGAUGCGGAGGAGGAAGAGGAAGAGGAGGUUGAAGAUGAAGAAUUGCAUGAUGAGGUCCAGCUACAACAACCUCCUCAGAAUAAGAGGAAGAGAGAUGAGGAUGAAGAUGAGGAUGGUGUGGAGGAUGUGAAGUCGUCAAGGCACCACUGACAAGAUCAAUGUUGAUGAUGAUACUGGUUUCUUUGUUCUUGAAGAAGGAAAAGAAUGUUCAAAACGGGGGAAGCGGGAGGGCAAAGGAUGUUUGGAGAUUGUCACACUUCUUGUCAGUCAAGAGUUGGGAAGAAAUACGGGGAAAAGGAGUCGUGCUGUUGUGGCCUGUGGAGGGGGGGAUAGCUUGCUCGUUCAAAAAGUCGUUAAUGUUUUGUCCCCACUUGCAUCUCUAAGAUAGCCGUUAACAUGUUUAAUUCAAAUGGCAGUUAUGAGCGGCUUUCGGUCCUCAGUGUAGUUUCUCAAGGAACAAACGAGAGAACUUUUUUUUUCUUCGUUUUUCACCCUUUUCUCCCCCUUCUUUACUUUUCUCCUAGCGUUUUCUCUUUUAUUUUUAUUUUUUUUUGGGAAAAAUUGCUUUGUAAAACAUGGGUGCAUAUAUUUGUAGAGAGAGAGAGAGUUUUACAAGUUACAUUUUACCUUCAUCAGUGUUUUUUUAGUUGAAAUCGAGUUUGGUGGGCAUAAUGUUUUCGUCGGGGCCCCGAUUGCCA